AUGGACUGUAAUAAGGAAGAAGCCAAAAAAGCAAUGGAUAUUGCCGAGAAGAAACUUUCGAAGAAUGAUUACGAUGGAGCUAAAACAUUCAUCAGCAAGGCUCAGGCUUUGUAUCCAAAGCUCGAUGGUUUGGAACAAGUGGUGAUGAUGAUCGAUGUUUAUAUCUCUGCAUCAAACAAAAUCAACGGAGAAGCUGAUUGGUAUGGGAUUCUCGGUAUAGAUCCUUUAGCUGAUGAGGAAGCAGUGAAGAAACAAUACAAGAAGUUGGCUCUUUUGCUUCAUCCAGACAAGAACAGGUUUAAUGGCGCGGAAGGCGCGUUUAAGCUUGUGCGACACGCUAGGGAUUUAUUAUCUGACCAGCCUUGCCUAAUUUACAAUGUUCAGGGUCAGACUCAGACUCAGAAGAGUCAGAAUCACACUCGUACGCGUACUUGUGUGGCUUACGAUCAUAAGAGAAAACCAAAACAAGUUAAACGGAAGAGGAGCAGAACGCAGGAUCCACCAAAGCCACACAAGUACAAAUAUAAGUACGAGUUCCGGAAAAGGAACAGAAUGCAUAAGCCACACGAGUACGCUUACGAGUGUAAUUCUGACUCUUCUGAGUCUGACCCUGAACCUGAUUCUUCAUGGAAACAGAAGAAACCACGAAAACAGGAGGAAGACAUUACCUUUUGGACAGUGUGCAAAAACAAUAAGUGCAAUACACAUUGUAAAUUAGGCAAGGCUGAGGUAAUUCCAGAGAUGAAAUAUGGGAGGCCAGUCUACAGCUUUAAUGCUAAAUUUCAACCAACAAGCAAAAGCACAAGUGAUGCUUCUUCUUCUUCUACAACUUCAACAUCUGAUACCGCAAAUGAAGCACAAGAUAGAGAGUCGUCACAAGAAGAGUUUGUUCCUGCUAAUGCUUCACCUGCUGCUAGAGGAGAUGCAAACGAAGCAUAG